AAAUGGCCUGUAGCGGCAACAAGUUGCCGGAAGAAAGAAGCAAGCCGCCAUCUGUGUCGUGUCCGGAAGUCGUCUGGCGCCAUGCGAGCCGCCCCGAUCCUCUUCCUCGGCGGCACCAGUAUAUGAUGAUGAUCGCCGCGGACUACCGCUCCGUUCCACUCCAGUCCACCACACACACGCAGCUGCAGCGCGAGCGGGCGGCAAAUGGACGCCAGCACCCUCCUCCUGCCCUGCUCUGACGGCGCCGUCGCCGGCGCGGUCGACUACCGCGGGCGCCCGGCGUCCCGGUCCGGCACCGGCCGGUGGUCCGCCGCGAUGUUCGUGCUCGGGGUGGAGAUAGCGGAGAGGUUCGCGUACCACGGCGUCUCGGCGAACCUGAUCAGCUACCUGACGGGGCCGCUCGGGGAGUCGACGGCGGGAGCCGCGGCGGCGAUCAACGCGUGGAGCGGCGUGGCGACCAUGCUGCCCCUGCUGAUGGCAUGCGUGGCCGACGCCUGGCUCGGGAGGUACCGCACCAUCGUGCUCGCCUCCCUCCUCUUCGUCGUGAGCAUGGGCAUGCUGACCGUCUCGACGCUCCCGGUGUUCAACCACGACGGCUGCAGCUACCACUCCAAAUCGCUCGCGUGCUCCCCGUCCCCCGUGCAGGUGGCCGUCUUCUACGUCUCCCUGUACCUGGUGGCGCUCGCCGAGGCCGGGCACAAGCCCUGCGCGCAGGCGUUCGGCGCCGACCAGUUCGACCAGCACGACCCCAAGGAGUCCGUGUCGAGGAGCUCCUUCUUCAACUGGUGGUACUUCGGCAUGUGCUCCGGCACCGCCGUCACCACCAUGGUGUCCAGCUACAUCCAGGACAACGUCGGCUGGGGCCUCGGCUUCGGCAUCCCCUGCCUCGUCAUGGUCUUCGCGCUCCUCGCCUUCUUGCUCGGGACCAGGAGCUACCGCUACUACACGUCCACCGAGUCGAGCCCCUUUGCUCGCCUCGCCAGAGCGUUCGUGGCGCUGAUCAGGGGAACCAAAUCCAGCCAAUGCGACAGCAGUCUCGCGACCGACGACGACGCGCACCGGGAGGAAGUGAAGGGCGUGCUGCGCCUGUUCCCCAUCUGGGCGACGUGCAUCAUCUACGCCGUGAUCUUCUCGCAGUCUUCGACGUUCUUCACGAAGCAGGCCGCGACGCUGGACCGCCGGAUCGGCUCGACGCUCCGCGUGCCGCCGGCGGCGCUGCAGACGUUCAUCAGCCUCACCAUCAUGGCGUUCAUCCCGAUCUACGACCGCGCGUUCGUGCCCGCGGCUCGGCGGUUCACGCGCCUGUCUUCCGGCAUCACCAUGCUGCAGCGGAUCGGCACGGGCCUCGUCCUGGCCAUGGUCGCCAUGGUCGUGGCGGCGCUGGUGGAGAUGAGGCGGCUCGGCGUGGCGAGGGACGCCGGCCUCGUGGACCAGCCCAAGGCGGCACUGCCGAUGACGCUGUGGUGGAUGCUGCCGCAGUACGUGCUGUUCGGGCUGUCGGACGUGUUCGCCAUGAUCGGGCUCCAGGAGUUCUUCUACGACCAGGUCCCCGACGCGCUGCGCAGCCUGGGGCUGGCCUUCUUCCUCAGCAUCUUCGGCGUGGGCCACUUCCUGAGCAGCUUCCUCAUCUCCGCCAUCGACGGCGCCACCAAGAAGAGCGGCGCGAGCUGGUUCUCCAACAACCUCAACCGCGCGCACCUCGACUACUUCUACUGGCUGCUCGCCGGGCUCUGCGCCGUGGAGCUGGCCGCGUUCGUCGUCGUUUCCCGCGUCUAUGUGUACAAGAAGAGGGCGUCUCACGACAAUGGUGAUGUCAUUGAGCUCCUCUCCCUCGUGCUGAUCCAACCGGCCAUGGCGGAAACCGUCGCCGGCGCCGUCGACUACCGGGGCCAGCCGGCCUCCCGCGCCGCCACGGGUGGAUGGAAAUCGUCGGUCUUCGUCAUGGCGAUGGAGAUCGCGGAGCGGUUCGCGUACAAGGGCGUGGCCGCGAACCUGAUCACGUACCUGACGGGGCCGCUGGGGCAGCCCAUGGCGCGCGCCGCCGCGUCCAUCGACGCGUGGAAGGGCGUCUCCCAGAUGCUGCCGCUGCCGCUCGCGUGCGUCGCCGACGCAUGGAUCGGCCGGUACCGGGCCAUCGUCCUCGCCUCCCUCAUCUUCGUCGUGAGCAUGGGCGCGCUGUCUGUGUCGUCGGCGUUCCCGGUCUUCCGCGCCGGCCACGUGGCCAUCUUCUACGUCGCGCUGUACCUGGUGGCCCUCGGGGAGGGCGCGCACAAACCGUGCGCGCAGGCGUUCGCGGCGGACCAGUUCGACGAGAAGGACCCCAGGGAGAGUGUGGCGCGGAGCUCCUUCUUCAACUGGUGGUACUUUGGCAUGUGCGCCGGCACCGCCGUCACGACCAUGGUCUCCAGCUACGUGCAGGACAACGUCGGUUGGGGCCUCGGCUUCGGCAUCCCCUGCAUCGUCAUCGCCGCCUCGCUCGCCGUGUUCCUGCUCGGGAGCCGGUCGUACCGGUACUACACCACCACCGAGGCCAGCCCCUUCUCCCGCGUCUGGAAGGCGUUCUUGGCGUUGAUCGAGAGCUGGACGCCAAAUCGUUGCGUCAUUAUCAGCAAAGAAGACGGCAACGCCGCCGCCGUCGAAGAGGUCAAGAGCGUGCUCCGGCUGCUCCCGAUAUGGGCGUCGUGCAUAAUCUACGCCAUCAUCUUCUCCCAGACGUCGACGUUCUUCACGAAGCAAGCCGCGACGCUGGACCGCCGGAUCGGCGCGAAGUUCAAGGUGCCGCCUGCGGCGCUGCAGACAUUCAUCAGUGUCAGCAUCGUCGUCUUCAUCCCGGUGUACGACCGGCUCUUCGUGCCCCUCGCGCGGCGCUGCACGGGGAGGCCGACGGGUAUCACCAUGCUGCAGAGGAUCGGCGCCGGCCUGGCCCUCUCGCUCGUCGCCGUGGCCCUGUCCGCGCUCGUGGAGAUGAAACGGCUCGGCGUCGCGAGGGACGCCGGCCUGGUGAACACCCCAAAGGCGCAGCUCCCGAUGAGCCUCUGGUGGAUGGUCCCGCAGUACGUCCUCAUCGGCGUGGCCGACGUGUUCGCCAUGAUCGGGCUGCAGGAGUUCUUCUACGACCAGGUCCCCGACGCGGCGCGCAGCCUCGGGCUGGCCCUGUUCCUGAGCAUCUUCGGGGUCGGGCACCUCCUCAGCAGCCUCCUCAUCUCCGUCAUUGACAAGGCCACGGCGAAGAGCGGGACGAGCUGGUUCUCGAACAACCUGAACCGCGCUCACCUCGACUACUUCUACUGGCUGCUCACCGGGCUCUGCGCCGUGGAGCUCGUCGCCUUUGUGCUCUUCUCGCGAGUGUAUGUUUACAAGAGGAAGGGUGGCAAUGACAAUGCCGGCCAUGGCGAUUUCGUGUAACAUCCAGAGUUUGAGCCGGGCGUGCUUGUAGUUGUUUGUACUUUGUAGGGAGAUUCCGUCAGUUCACUAUUGAGUUCUCAGGUUUGUUGUUGCGCGGCAGUUUCCUUUUCCUUCUUGGGGGAACUGACGACUCUCUUUCGGAUUCGAGGGUUUUGAGCUAAGAACAAGAAUAGAGCAACCAGAGAAAGAUACUAGUACUUCAGUUUACAAGCUGUAGUUGAACUUGUUGGUGUAUAAAUUAAUUGUCUAUAUUUUCCUA